GAUCUAUUGGCAUUGACACCUUGUGAAUUCUCGCUCUCACUGUCCAACAGACGUCAAAGACGCAAAAGCCCUGGACGCAACGACUGAGCCUCUUUGGUGCUGUUGAAAGCUUCCGUGAAAUCAGACACAGUUGAGAUAGCAGAAGUGUUCUUGCGGCUCUGAGCGUUUAGGUUGACCGAAGGGUGUUGCGGCUUGAACCCCCGCGAACUCGACAGUGACGAACCGUGGACUAGGCGCAGAGCUCAGCCAUGGGCCUUUCGUCGCUCAGCCAUGCCGCAGGCCGGCCGCUGGCGGCUCCUGGGCAUGCGGUGCUGUCAUCAGCGCCAGCUGCCACCGCUGGCACCGCGGCCGUUUGUGCCCCAGCCCGCGCCGGUGCGCGCUGCCGGGCCCGGGCGGUAGCGCAGGCGCUUAGCGGCGCCGGCUGCGGCGGAGCGAGCGGUACCGCCACCACCACCGCCACGACCUCCGCCGCCUUCACCGUCGCCGGCCCCCUCCGCGCGCCCGCGCUUGCGCCCUGUCUGGCGCCCUAUACCGUAGCCCGACACAACGGGGCUGGCGCCCGGCGCCCAGCGCUGCUGCUGCCGCCGCUGCCGGCGGCGGCGCCUGCGGCGCCCGCCGCUGCCGCCAACGCGCUGUCGGCGGUGCCUGUGGCGACGGUGGAUGAGGUGGCGAAUGCGGAGGUGCGCAUGAGCACGACGGCGGAGCGGGCGGCGGCGAGCUGCGCGCUGGGGCCGGCGGUGGCUGCGCGCAUGCAGGCGGACUGUGUUCGCGCGGUGCGGUCCUGGUGCAAGAUGGGCUACGGCGACCCGCUGGUGGUGCACGUGGACCACCAGCACGUCUCCUCCACCUCCAACCCCGGCCUGCUCACCAGCGCCGCCGUCACCUUCGCCGGCCCCGACGGCCGCCGCCACGCGGCCGUCGCCAUCAUGGCCGCUUUCCGCUGCCCGCCGCCAACCGCCAACGACAUCCGUAAUGGCAGCCACAACGACCGCAACCGCGCCAGCGGCGGCGCCGUUUCGUCUCCCUCCCGCACCGGCAGUAGCGGCAACGGCAGCGGCGGCGGCGGCAGUAGCAGCGUCGUGGUACCGGGUAGCUCGGCGCCUAGCUUGGACCCGCUGCCGGGUCUGUCGCUGCACUGGGGCUGCUGCCAAGGGCCGGGGCAGCGCUGGAACCACCCCGGCCCCGGGUGGCACACGCAGCCGGGCGUGUCGUACGACGCAGGCAAGGGCGCCUGGCAGACGCCCAUGGCUGUGCGGCAGGCGCUGCCGCUGGACGGCCACCCCCUCACCAGCAGCCCGACAACAGCCGGCGGCGGCACCGCUGAUGGCGCAGGCGGUGCAGGCGGCGGCAGCGCUGAUGGCGCGGCGGCGGCGGUGCCAGGGGAGGCGGCGGCCUGCCGGGAGUGGGCGGCGGCCUACAGCGCUGUGCUGCAGCUGCCGUGGGAGGGGCCCAUCAAGGCUGGCGGCAUUUGCCUGGUGCUCAAGACGGCGCGCAACCAGUGGUUCAAGGCACGCACCCUGCCCGCGGCCGGCAGCGGCAGCAGCAGCAGCGGCGCAGGCGGCGGUGCUGACGUGGACUUCUGGGUGUCCACCUCGGGCCUAUCGCUGGUGGCUCAGGGCACGCCGCUGCUGCCCGACGUCUUCCGCAUGACCCACAACGACAGCCUGCCCGCAGUGGCCCGCGUGGAGGAGCGGCAGCGGGCGGAGCAGGAGGCGGUGGGAGAGGCGGAGGGCAGAAAGGAGAAGGAGGGGGGCGGCAGCGGCAAGGGCGGCAGUGCCAUGAGCAGCGGCGAUGGCACGGAUCAGGCCGCCGCCCUGGACCCCGCCACGCCGCCCCAGCCCGACCUGCUGGCCGCCGCCGCCGCCUUCCUGCCGCCGCCACGUCACGGCGACUCGCUGCUGCGCCCCGCCGACAAGUUCCCGCUGCCGCACGGCGCCGCGGCAGCAGGGCCGGGCGCGCCGCGGCCGCCGGUGUGCGGCUGGAUGGUGGACCACAUCGCUCAGCGGGAGCCGGGCGCGGAGAGGUCGCUCAUGCACCGCUACAACGCCGGCAGUGAGCUGGUGCAGAUGGCUGGUGGCAGCGGCGAGGCGGAGGCGGCGCUGGCGGCGCUGACGGCCUGGCUUCGGCUGUCGGCGGCGCGGCUGCUGGUGUGGAACCGCAACUACAACGUCAAGCCCCGAGAGAUCAGCACCGCACAGGGCCGUCUGGCCUCGCUGCUUGCCGCGCUGGGCGCCGCGCGCGGCCCCUCCGCCCCAGGCGGCCGCGGCAGCGCAGGCGUGGGCGCGCUGGUUCGUGUGGCUCUGGCGGCGGUGGGCCGCGGCGGCGGCGGCGAGGUGGGGCAGCGCAUCCGAGACGAGAUCCUGGCCAUACAGCAGCGCAACGGAUGCAAGGGUGGCAUGAUGGAGGAGUGGCACCAGAAGCUGCACAACAACACCAGCCCCGACGACGUGGUCAUAUGCCGGGCCCUGCUGGACUACAUCGCGGCCGGCCUGGACAUCACCGCCUACUGGCGCACCCUGGCCGCCGCCGGCAUCAGCGCCCAGCGCCUGGCGGGCUUCGACCGGCCCAUCACCUCCGAGCCGCGGUUCAGCGGCCAGCAGGCGGCGGGGCUGCAGCGGGACCUGGCGGCGUACCUGCAGACUCUCCAGGCGGUCCACGGCGGUGACGACCUGCGCUCCGCCGUCAACGCCGUGCUGGGCUACAGCGCCACAGACAUGAAGGGCAAGCACAUCACGGUGCCGCCGCUGUCCCAGGUGGCCACCCCCGCCCUGGCCACCCACCUGCGUGCACUGCUGGCGCUGCAGCAGCACCUGCUCAGCCCCGCAGGCCGUGGAGGCAAGGCCGGAGCGGCGGGGGCUGGUGCUGGUGCUGCGGGUGCCGGUGGUGCCGGUGCUAGCGGUGCGGGUGCUGGUGCUGGUGCUGCGGGUGCCUCGUCGUUUGUGAUGGGCGGCGCCGCUGGCGACGGCCGCGCGACCACCUUUGCCAAGGGCCCCGCCGCCGCCACUGCCGCCGCCGCCGGCGUGGGCGCGGGCGCGGGCUCGCUGCCGCGCCCCGCCGACGUGUCCUCUCUGAGCGGGCUGGCGGGCGCGGUACGCCUGAUGGAGAUGUGUGUGGAGGCGCGGCACCUGAUUAAGCCCUGCCUGGACGGUGGGGAGGCGGCGUGCGGCGGCAGGCUGGUGGACGUGGUGUUCCUGGACCUGGCCCUGGACAGCGCCCUGCGCACCGCCAUAGAGGCACACAUAGCCGACAUAAAGAAGGCGGUGUCUGACGGCACCGCCAUCCACAUCGCCGCCUCCGCCUCCGCCGCCAAGGCCGCCGCCGCAACCGGCGGCGGCACGCCCCUGGCCGCCGCCGCUGCCGCCUCCAGCUCCAGUCGGCCGGUGCCGGGCGCGUAUGCGGCAUCCGCGGCUCUGGGCCAGGCCCUGGAGGUGGUCCGGCUGGCGGCUGAGAACGCGGCCCUGAGCUGUGUGCCCAAUGACGACCUGGUGCACAGCAACAAGUGGCUCAGGCUGCUGGUGGCGCAGGACGACCCGCGCGACGCCAAGGACCGCAUGCUUCAGGCUCUGGCCAUCUGCGACCGCCUCAAGCGCAGCCUGGCCGAGCACAGCGGCACACUCAUGGCGCUGCUGCAGCCGCCCGCAGACACACUGGCGGCCCGGCUGGGCAUUGCGCAGGCUGCUGUGGGCGGCAUUGGUGAGGAGGUGGUCCGCGGCAGCAGCUCCGCCCCGCUGGCGCAGCUGCUGGCCUGCCUGGAACCGGCGCUCAGGCGGGCCACGGGCGGCGGCGUGUGGCAGGUGGUGAGCCGCGGCGGCGACCGGCCUGUGGUUGCGGGUCGGCUGCGUCUGGUGCCGCGGCUGGAGGCCGUGCAGCACGAGGUGAUGGCCGAGCCCACCGUGCUGCUGGUGGAGGGACUGACAGGUGCUGAGGAGAUUCCGGAGGGCUGUGUGGCUGUGUUGGUGGGCAGUGCGGCGGAGGGCGGCGGCAGCUCCGUGCCGGACGUGCUGAGUCACAGCGCGGUGCGGGCGCGGAACAUGGGCGUGCUGCUGGCGGGCUGCCACUGCGCGCAGACGGUGGCCCGCAUCAGCGAGGCGGCGGGCUCGCGCGUCAUGUUGCGGCUGGAGGGCGCCGACGUACAGGUCAGCUUCAGCAGCGGCAGCCGCAGCGGGGCCAGCAGCGCCAGCAGCAGCAGGAGCAGCAGCAGGCAGUAGCGGGCUGGGGCGGGCCGCGGAGGGCCGUGGACGGCCGUGCGUGUUAUGUGUUCUGGUCCGGUGUACUUCAGAGAAAGUGCGGUGGUGUGGCGUCGGUGCGGUUGCGCGUAGUGCUGACAUGGUGUAGGCAUGUGUUGGCACGCCGUACACACGCACGUACGCACGUGUCAUGCACAGCACAAAGCCAGGUCGUAACGGUACGGUUGUCCUUUCGCAGUUACACACCGAAAAAACAUGUGACUCGCAAAUCAACCUGUCUUCUUCACUGUAUUGAGUGUUGCAGCGGCGGGUUGCAGUUGUUGUGCGGCCAAAGGAUUUGCGUCCUAUACGGUAAUCUAGGCACAGCGCCGCUCUUGCGGUUGUCAAGCUCUCGCGGUCUAGCAGCGCGGUUCGAGUUGCAAGCUGCAGUCCAUAUAGUACAGCGGGUCUUGCUGAUCGAUUUGCGGUAGGGCAAUAAGGUAAUGGUGUCGACUGGGGGUGAUUGCCUGGUUGGGGGCGCGGAGGGCGGCGUGUCACAGCAAGCCCCUUUCCGCCAGACCAUUUGAGAGAGUAUAGCAUGGCGUGGCAUCGCAUCGCACCUGGCACCUGGCCUGGUGUACGGUAUGUUGGUGCUACUGGUGAGUAUCAGGGCGCUAGCUCGCACGCACUGGAACAGCGCACCCAUGUCAAGUCGAUGGCAUGCAGAUGCGCCUGUGUGUGUGUUCAUGUGCGGCGUACGUCAUCGUCGUGGAGGAAUGCAUCAGGCUCCUGCUGGCCGGCUGGGCUGGAGGGCUGCUGGUUGCUGCCCACCGCGUGCGUGUGUGCAGCUGCUGCUGCUGGUGGUGGCGCGGCACCGGCUGCCGGCUGCUGCGGCUGUUUGUGGCGGCCCUUGUAAAACAAAUGCUGGACCAAGUACGUCGUCCGGGCAGCCGCCUGCAGCGGUGGUGUGGGAUGGGGGCGCGGCGCACGAACAGCCGCCGGCUGCUGCGGCAGGUCGCGGCAGCCCUUGUAAUAAAGUAGCCCU